AUUUCAGAUUAAGAAAUAUGAUUUGGCUAUUUCAAAUUUCCAUUGCUAUCCUUUGCAUUAUUCCUUUUAUUGGAUGCUUAAAUAAUGGUUUAGCUAUAACACCCCCAAUGGGAUGGUUAUCUUGGGCACGAUUUCUUUGUAAUGUUGAUUGUAAAGAAGAUCCUUAUAACUGCAUCAGUGAAUCAUUGUAUAUGGAAAUGGCUGACCGUCUUGCAUCAGAUGGCUUUAAAGAAGCUGGUUAUGAAUAUGUUAAUAUUGAUGAUUGUUGGAUGAGUAAGGAACGAGAUGCUAAUUCUCAAUUAGUAGCUGAUCCUGAUCGAUUUCCUCAUGGAAUCCAAGCUCUUGCUGAUUAUGUUCAUUCUAAAGGAUUAAAACUUGGAAUUUAUGAAGAUAUUGGCACAGAGACAUGUGGAGGGUAUCCAGGAAGUGCAGGCCAUUUUGAUAUUGAUGCUCAAACAUUUGCAAAAUGGGGAGUAGAUAUGUUAAAAUUAGAUGGUUGUUAUGCUGAUCCAAAAAGUAUGGAUAAAACUUAUCCUCAAGUAACAGCUGCUUUAAAUCAUACUGGAAGACCAAUCUUAUUUUCUUGCAGUUGGCCUGAUUAUCAACAAGCAUCAGGAAUGAGUCCUAAUUACACAAAAAUUGCAGAAAACUGCAAUAUAUGGCGCAAUUUUGAUGAUAUUAGUGAUUCAUGGCAGAGUGUUUUGUCCAUAAUUGAUUAUUAUGCCAAAGAACAAGAUGUACUCAGAGCAGCAGCUGGAAAAGGGCAUUGGAAUGAUCCCGAUAUGUUAGUUAUAGGUAACUUUGGAUUAAGUUAUGAUGAAUCAAAAGCACAGAUGGCUUUAUGGUCAAUAAUGUCUGCACCCUUAUUGAUGUCAAAUGAUUUAAGAAAACUUAAACCAGAAUUUAAAAAGAUUCUUUUGAAUAAAGAUCUCAUUGCCAUAAAUCAAGAUUUAUUAGGAACAAUGGGAAAAAAAUUACUUUCAGUCAAUAAUGUUGAAAUUUGGUCAAAAGCUAUUAAUCCAACUAUAGGACAAGAUACUUCUCAUGCAUUAGUUUUCUUCAAUCGCAGAAGUUUAGGAGGUCCACUCAAUGUUACAGUUGUUCUUAAUAGUAUUGGACUUACUCAUGAAACUGGAUAUGAGUGUUAUGAAGUAUUUGACCAUAAAUUUUUAGGAAUCUAUAAACCAGAAAAUAAUCUAACAGUGCAAGUUAAUCCAUCAGGUGUUUCAGUAGUUGUAGCAAAGGUACAAAAAUAGAUGUAACUUAUGUGAAACUACUGGAAAUUAUAUUAAUUACUAGUAAUGCUUAUAUAACAGAUAAUUAUAAAAUGUUUUGCUAUGCUAUGUAAAUAAUUCUUUAUAUAUAUAUUGAAUUUUUUGUAAUACUAUGAAAUUUU